CAGAGCCCCCUGAGCAGGGCACAGGCGUGAGCGCAGAGCGCGGAAGACCAAGAGAACCAGAGCCGGGUGGGGUGGGGGGCAGCGCCCAUCUCCGCAAGGGGGAAGGGGAGCCGCGGCUGGGACUGAGAAGCAGCUGGUCUGAUACUGAGAGAAGGCAGCGUGUGGCGGUAAGACCCUUGGAUCCACAGUGGCGGCAGCAGCGGCCACCCCACCCUACCCAACGCCACCCACAGCUCCAGCCCCGGGAGGACCAGGAGGGGACUCACCUGUGCUCCUGACUGAGGGACCAUGAGCAGACCCUGGUGGCUCUCCCUGUUCCUCCUCACCCUUCCCAUGGGCCUGGUGGCCAGCACAGACCCAGGGAAGAAUGAGUUGACGAUGGAGUUGAGGACAUUUAAAACCAUCAACACCACAAGCUCCAACGUGAAGCAGUGUCUGUGGUUUGCCAUGCAAGAAUACAACAAGGAGAGCGAGGACAAGUAUAUCUUCAUGGUGACCAGAGUGCUGCGUGCCCAGCUGCGGGUCACAUAUUGUCUGGAAUACAUUAUUGAUGUUGAAAUUGUCCGCAGCAAUUGCAAAAAGAUCUCAAGCAAUAAUGAAAACUGUGCCAUUCAAAGAAACUCUAAACUGGAAAAGAGAGUAAGUUGCACCUUUUUUAUGGAAGCGCUCCCCUGGAAUGGCGAAUUCAAUUUGAUAGAGAAAGAGUGUAAAGACGUCUGACGGGGUUCACACAUCCCACCAACCUCUGUGUCUGCCUCUCUGUGUGGAAAAACAGCAACAGCCGGAGAAGGGCUGCUCCCAACGUG